AGUCGUUUACCUUCCGCGCGACGAGACGCCCGCCAUGUGCGUAGAUGCGUAAGCGCAGCGCGUCGUUCGGCGUCGGGCAGAGAGGCGGAGCUCGCGGCGGCGCGCGGACGAUGCCGCGCUGGCUGUGGGCGGCCAUGCUCCUCGCGGCGGCGGCCGGCGCCGGCGCCUGGGCCCCGCCGGCCCAAACCCUAGUGCUAGCACCCCGCGUCCGCAGGCACGCUGCCCACUCCGGCACCCGCCACCUGCAGCUGCUCGGCUGGCACCUGGAGCUGCACGAAAACAGACAGAUACGAUCACCGUAUUACAAUGAGUGCCAGUUCUACAAAGGCAGAGUUAUAGACGAAGCACAAUCAUCUGCGACAGUGACAGAUUGUGACGGUCAGCUGUACGGGCUGCUUCAGGUCGGCAGCGAGGAGUUUGUUCUGCAGCCGACGCACCAGGAGAGAGACGCGCAUGUGUUGAGGAGACGAGACGUGGAGCUGUCGGAAUGGGCGGCCGCGUACAAUCUCACGGGUGACACGAUCACCGACCUUGAACUUGACUUCGGCGAGGAGGAUGACCCGGUGCCAGAGCCCCACGUGCGACCGCGACAUAGUGUUUAUACGGAAACUGAUAACUUUCGGGGAGCAAGAAUUAUCAGUAGACCAGUUUCAGGUGUCAAGGGUUUGUGGCUAGAAAUGGCUAUCGUAGCCGAUCACACGAUGCUCAAGUUCCACGGCAAGGAGAGAGUGAAGCAUUACAUUCUCGCUUUAAUGAACAUCGUCAGUGCCAUCUUCAACGAUCCCUCUCUGAACUCGAACAUGACACUCGUGAUCAACAAACUGUAUUUGUAUGAAGAGAAAGACUAUGUCAUAAAGUACGGGAAUGUCAGGAAAUCAUUGGAGGCUGUGAAUAAGUGGAACUACAGACACUUGAUGAAGUUGCCGACAGACAGUACUGGAUGGGACGCUGCGGUGUGGCUGACCCGGGCCCAACUCGGGGGACCCUCGGGCUUCGCCCCCGUCGGUGGAGUCUGUUCCAGGACUCGAUCGGCUGCUAUAGACCGAGAUGAGGGUCUUACAAGCGCUUUCGUCAUAGCACAUGAAUUGGCACAUCUGUUAGGACUAACUCACGAUGGAGACAGCCAGUGUCAGAGCGAGGCCGUGAAAGGCUCAGUGAUGGCACCAACAGUGCUAGCCACGCUACACAACUACGCCUGGUCUACUUGUUCCAGAGAACAGUUCCAUGAAAAGUCCAAACGCUGGUGGUGCUUACACGAAAGGAGUCAUGAUGAAGGAGUGGAGCUGGGUGGUGCCAAAGAAAUAUCCAAUUACGUGUUCACUAUGGACGAACAAUGCCGCACAGAAUUCGGCGAAGGGUUUUCAGUGUGCAAGUCAGUGAAGGUGAAGUCGGCAUGCUCGCGGCUGUGGUGCGCUCACCGCGCGAUGCCGCACGUGUGCCGCUCGAAACGCGCUCCUCCGCUCGAAGGCACGCCCUGCGGUCACAACAAGUGGUGCGUAGACCGUGUAUGCGAGCCGAUGCCAGGCCACGCGAUCAAGACUGAGACCACCAAUACAGUAACAGAAGUGACCGUCAAUAAAGUGGAAGACAAAGAGAGGGAGAAUGACAAGCCGGAGUGGAGUGAGUGGGGAAGAUGGAGUGAUUGUAGCGCGAGCUGCGGGUAUGGCUUGCGGACGCGCAUUAGAAGGUGCCGGUUUAAUGGCGUGAUAUCAGAAAGCGCAUGUGAAGGCGCGGGUUUCCAAGUCAGAACGUGCUGGGGAGGCGUCACUUGCGCCAACACGCGGGACGUACGCGCUGACAUCUGUACACGACAACAUGCGCGGUUCAUACCUUAUCUACAUGCUAAUGAAUCCCAGCACUGUGAGAUCUGGUGCGUGGACUACGCGGGUGGAGGACCUUCGAACUUUGGAGCUUUGCCUGAUGGGACGCCGUGCAGUUAUAGUAGACCUUAUGAUGUUUGCUUUCAGGGAACUUGCGUUCAAGGACAUUGCAAUUCUUCGGACAGUAUCUGCAAUUGGUGUCCUGACGGCUACUGCAAUAAUAACACCCAUGUUUACACCAGACAGCUUGGCAAAGGUUGGACCCGCAUGACAAUGAUACCACACGACGCUCACCAGUUAUCCGUCCACAUCAUCACGCCCGUACCUCUAAACAUUGCCAUCAGAGAGAAAAAACGCGACAAACAGAUCUUAGACCUCAUGAAACACUCCAAACGUUUUGACAUAGAUAACAAUAAAUACUUGAAGUACGAUCCUAAUGUACCACAGAAUUUACAAAUUGUAGAAGUGGAUAGUCACGUCAUAGAUAUCAAAGAAGGUUCUAGAUGGGAAGGCGAAGUUGUGGCGGCGGGAACGUUGCUUAAGUGGACGAGAACUGAUACUGAUGUUUUGAUAUCUUCGGAGUCGCGGUUGCAGACGGAUUUGAUGAUUAUGGCAUAUCCCGAACAUCCAGUGGUGUCAGGAGAGUCAGUGAUGGUGGAAGUGUCGGUGAACUACAGCACUCCUGCCAGCCGCACCAGGCCCUUGGAAUAUAGAUGGUCUACGGAGCGCGGUCCGUGCUCUGCGUCGUGCGGCGGCGGCGUGCGCGUGGUGCGGCCGCGGUGCUUGAGAGACCACAAGUGUCCGCCUGUCAUGUUCGAAGCUUGUAAUACGCACAGCUGCGAAUUCACGUGGGUUGGUGGCGAGUGGGAGGAGUGCAGCGCCACGUGUGGAGCUGCUGGCGUUCAGGAGCGACAGAUCUUCUGCGUACCUCUUAAUGUCAGUACAUCAUCAAGACGAGAUCUAAUAAGGAAUAGCGUGUCUCCCACGUUGUGUACUUCAGCAAAGCCGACCUCACGUCAGGCUUGCAACCGCUUGCCUUGUCCUGUCUACUGGAAAGAACUACCCUGGACUCAGUGUUCAGCAACAUGCGGUCGCGGCAUAUCGCGUCGUCCUCUCGAAUGUCCGGCAUCAGACGAGAUGCUCUGCGGUCCGCGUCCGCGCGAGCGACACCGGCGCUGCCGCGUGCGCGCGUGCGGGACACGGCGCGGCGCCUGUCCGCCCGCUGACACCACGCAGUACUGUGAACUGUUCGAUACCGACCAACUAGCCAGGCACUGUCUUGUUCCUCCCUUUAGGAAGUACUGCUGUAACGCUUGCAGGCUGCUCGAGCGUUCACACAUGAGGGGCUUCGGGUAGACAAAGGUCUACCCGUUUACAUUGUGACAAAGGUCUUUUGGUAUACAGCUAUUAACGUCGCCAUCUUGUAAUUUUAUAUUUGUGAGAAAUAAAAACUCUACGAUGCUCCCCUUUUCACCAAAAUAUCCUUGUAAAACCGUAGGUAAUAGACGGCUACUACACGGUACUUCGAACUGUUCGCUACGCAGUGCUGACCAGCUGGCCAGGCACUGUCUGGUCCCUCCCUAUAGGAAGUACUGCUGCAACGCCUGCAGGCUGCUGGAGCGAUCACAUAUGAGAGGCUUCGGGUAGACCCUAAAAAAUAAUUUGAAAAAUAAAAACUCCAUGAUGCUUUUCACCAAAAGAUCCUUGUAAGACCGUGGGUGUUAGAGGGCUACUACGCAGUGCUGCGAACUGUUCGAUACUGACCAACUAGCCAGGCACUGUCUAGUUCCUCCCUUUAGGAAGUACUGCUGCAACGCCUGCAGGCUGCUCGAGCGAUCACACAUGAGGGGCUUCGGGUAGACUUAUAUUGCUGCUAAGGUCUUUUGGUAGGCGCCGUCUAGUAAAAAAUCAUUUUGAAAAAUAAAGACCCCAGGAAGCUCCCCUUUCAGUGUCAUUCAAGUCCAAAAGAUCCUUGUAAGAGUGGGUAAAGGACUCGUACUAUGUAGUACUUCGAACUGUUUUAGGCUGGCUAGGCAUUGCAUAGGCGUUUUGCCACCCCUUUAGGAAGUGCUGGUGCAACGAACCACACACUUAUAGAGGCUUCGGGUAGACCCUAAUACAAACUAUUUGAUACUUCUUCUGCCCCCCUUUAGUAUAUUUAUACUAGUGCAAUGCCUGCAGGCUCUACUACUAUUGAGUAGAAGAUCAACACCAACCUUUGCCUUGUUCUCCCUUUAGGAGAAAAUUACUCCUUCAUUAUAACGCAUUGUUGAACCAUAGGGGAACUACUGUAUAGUAGGGCGACACCCUCUAGAAUCAAGCGUGUAGAUAUUAUGAUACAUGUUGUUCGAAUGGAGAUUCCGUGUCAAUAUAACCAGUAUUUUGUACGUUGUUUUUCAUAUUUAUAAGCAACUAGAAUUAAGGAAUAUACCUAAUAUCUAAUAAUAAUGCGCAACGAAGUGCCAUAAUGUAUUGUACACUACUUCACGUAAUAAAUGUGCUAUUCUUAUAUA